GAUUCGCCCCGGGGCGCGGCGCGAAAGUGCGGGCGCGAAAGGUGUGUCCGUGCGCCGCCCCGACGGGGAGGACGAAGAUGGCCUGCCUGCUGGACGCCCCCAUCCGCAUGAGCGUCCUCUCGGAAGUCACAGCGAGUAGUCGCCACUAUGUCGACAGGCUGUUUGACCCCGACCCUCAGAACGUGCUGCACGGUGUCAUAGACAUGAAAAAUGCUGUAAUUGGAAACAACAAACAGAAGGCCAACCUGAUUGUUUUAGGGGCAGUUCCAAGGUUGCUGUACCUCCUCCAGCAAGAGACCUCCAGCACGGAGCUGAAGACGGAAUGCGCGGUGGUGUUGGGAAGCCUUGCCAUGGGGACGGAAAACAACGUCAAAUCCCUGCUGGAUUGCCACAUCAUUCCCGCCCUGCUGCAAGGAUUACUGUCACCGGAUCUGAAGUUCAUUGAAGCUUGCCUCCGGUGCCUGCGCACUGUCUUCAUCAGUCCAGUCACUCCGGAGGAACUUCUGUACACAGAUGCUACGGUUAUUCCCCACCUCAUGGCUCUGCUCAGUAGAUCACGCUAUACCCAAGAAUACAUAUGUCAGAUCUUCUCUCACUGCUGCAAACUCCGUCACUGGCAUAGCUGCGGCUUUAAAUCAUCGCCUCAGCCCCUUCUAGGUGCCAAUGGUCCAGAUCACCAAACAAUCUUAUUUAACCAUGGAGCAGUUCAGAAUAUUGCUCACCUACUAACCUCGGUGUCCUACAAAGUUCGAAUGCAAGCACUGAAAUGCUUCUCCGUGCUCGCCUUUGAAAAUCCCCAGGUAUCCAUGACCCUCGUAAACGUGCUGGUUGAUGGAGAAUUGUUGCCCCAGAUUUUUGUGAAGAUGUUGCAAAGGGAUAAACCUAUUGAGAUGCAGCUCACAUCGGCUAAAUGCCUGACUUACAUGUGCAGAGCUGGGGCCAUUCGUACAGACGAUAACUGUAUUGUAUUAAAGACAUUGCCUUGUCUGGUCCGGAUGUGUAGCAAGGAGAGAUUACUGGAGGAGCGAGUGGAAGGGGCCGAAACGCUCGCCUAUCUGAUUGAGCCGGAUGUCGAACUGCAGAGAAUCGCCAGCAUUACGGAUCACCUCAUCGCCAUGCUUGCGGAUUACUUCAAGUAUCCCAGUUCAGUCAGCGCAAUCACAGAUAUCAAAAGGCUGGACCACGACUUAAAGCACGCCCACGAACUGCGCCAGGCCGCCUUCAAGCUGUACGCCUCUCUCGGAGCAAACGACGAAGACAUCCGGAAGAAGAUCAUUGAGACUGAAAAUAUGAUGGACCGAAUUGUGAAUGGCUUGUCUGAGUCUAGUAUCAAGGUGCGGUUAGCUGCAGUCAGAUGUUUGCACAGUUUGUCCAGGUCUGUGCAGCAGCUCCGAACCAGCUUCCAGGAUCAUGCCGUGUGGAAGCCCUUAAUGAAGGUUUUACAGAACGCCCCCGAUGAAAUCCUAGUGGUAGCCUCGUCCACGUUGUGCAAUCUCCUUCUUGAAUUCUCCCCUAGCAAAGAGCCUAUUUUGGAAUCCGGAGCCAUAGAACUACUAUGUGGUUUAACCCAAAGUGAAAAUCCCGCUCUGCGAGUGAACGGCAUUUGGGCCUUAAUGAAUGUGGCGUUUCAAGCGGAACAGAAACUCAGGGCCGAUAUCUUGCGAGGUUUGAGUACAGAGCAGCUAUUCCGAUUACUCUCAGAUUCAGAUGUGAAUGUAUUAAUGAAGACACUGGGACUGCUGAGAAAUCUCCUCUCUACUCGUCCACACAUGGACAAGAUAAUGAGCACUCAUGGCAAGCAAAUCAUGCAAGCUGUCACACUCAUUCUGGAAGGAGAGCAUAAUAUAGAGGUCAAAGAGCAGACAUUAUGUAUACUAACCAACAUAGCGGAUGGAACGACAGCAAAAGAACUCAUUAUGACCAAUGAUGACAUUUUGCAGAAGAUUAAGUAUUACAUGGGUCAUUCAAACGUUAAGCUUCAACUGGCUGCCACGCUUUGUAUAUUAAACCUCGUACGGAACGAAGAAGAAGGUUCGCAAGAACGUCAGGAUAAACUACGAGAUAUCGGCAUUGUGGAGAUUCUACAUAAGCUGAGUCAGUCGCCAGACUCCACCGUUUGUGAUAAGGCAAAGACAGCACUGCAGCAGUAUCUGGCGUGACGGAAAACCCAAGCAAGAACUUCAGGCUCCCCUCACACACACGUGUUUAAGGAAUAACAGGAAAAAGCCUCAUCUGAUCCCUUCUAUUUGCACAAGUCACCUUGGGCCGAGCCGCUCUCCCGGGCGGGGAGCCGCUCUGCCAAAGCAAUCUAAGAGAACGGAUCUCGGAUGCACUUGGGAACUUUUGGGAGGUCGUGCGUUAACUCAGAGGACUGUUGUGUGUUUUAUUUUUCCCGAGCUGCCGGGACUCUACUAGAACAAUCAAUCGUCCUUUUUUUCCCUUCGGGCCUACAGUUUUUCGCUUUUGCGGCAGCCACUUUGGGGGCAGGCGCGCGCGGGUGUGACGUGUGAGCGUGCGUGAGUGGGGGGGGGUGAGUGUGUACGGAAGGGGGAUACCUCAGAAAAUCUGUUUUCUUAUUUUGUGUGUGAAAAAAACUCUUUUCUACAGAUUUUCCAGGAUUACGCAUUGCUUGCUGUAUGAGACCUUACUGAAUUACAUACAGUUUAAAUGAAAUGUUAUUUAAAAGAAACCACACACACACACAAACUGUCAAGUGCCCCAUAAAGUUUAUGUUGAAUUUUGAUCAGAUGAAUAUUUGUAAGUAAAAAAAAAUAUAUGCAUUUCUCAACCUCAA